AUGGCAUAUAUAUACACACAAGCACAACCCAACACCAAAGUUUUCUUGGUGACGAGCUCUUGGACAGCAAAGGAAACGACGGCAGUGAUGUUGGAUCGGCGAGGCAUUGUGGUGACGAGCUCUCGGGCAGCGAUGGCACUGAUGUCGGACCGGCGAGGCACCAAAGUUUUUUUGAAAUUGGAGCAUAUCUUUUCGGCUUCCGCUUCCGAGAUCGAUCUCAAGAUUGAGAUCGAGAUCGAGAUCGAGACCCAUCCCGAGAUCGAGAUCGAUUCUGCAAAUGCUCCCGCUCUUGAUCCCGACCCCGAGAUCCAUCCAGAGAUCAAGAUCGAGAUCGAGACCCAUCCCGAGAUUGCUCCCGAUCCCGACCCCGAGAUCCAUCCCGAGAUCGAUCCCGCAAACACUCCCGCUCUAGCUGUAGCUCUCGAUCCUGACCCCGACCCCGAGAUUGAUCCCGCAAACGCUUCCACUCCGUCUCCAGCUUCCAAUCGGGCUGUCGCUCCCGAGAUCGAGAUCCAUCCCGAGAUCGAGAUCGAGAUCGAGAUCCAUCCCGCAAACGCUCCUGCUCCAACUCCUGAUCCCGACCCCGAGAUCGAGACCCAUCCUGAGAUCGAGAUCGAGAUCCAUCCCGAGAUUGAUCCCACAAACGCUCCAGCUCCAGCUCCAGCUCCAGCUCCCGACCCCGACCUCGAGAUCCAUCCUGAGAUCGAGAUCGAGACCCAUCUCGAGAUCGCUCCCGAUCACGACCCCGAGAUCGAGAUUGAUACCCAUCCCGAGAUCGAGAUCGAGAUCGAAAUCCAUCUCGAGAUCGAUCCCUCAAACACUCCCGCUUUAGCUGCAGCUCUUGAUCCUGAUCCCGACCCCGAGAUCGAGAUCAAGAUCCAUCUCGCAAAAGCUCCCGCUCCAGCUCCUGAUCUCGACCUCGAGAUUGAGACCCAUCCUGAGAUCGAGAUCGAGAUCCAUCCCGAGAUCGAUCCUGCUCCAGCUCCAACUCCAGCUCCCGAUCCCUACCUCGAUAUUCAUCCCGAGUUCAAGAUCGAGACCCAUCCCGAGAUCGAGAUCUAG